AAUCACUUCUGCGAAUACCGGAUAUAUCUCCGCACAAUCACUUUGUGUUAAAUAACAACAGCACUAGCAGGGAGUGGUCUUCAAGUUCAACUUUAGUACUCACAGCAAAACCUGAGAGUUAAUAUUUUCGGCAUUUUCUAUCUGGCAGCUAAAGUGAAGGUAUUUCCCCAUGGAACUGAAGGGUAGAGUGUUGGUGUACUCCAUCGUGGGCUGUCCCCACUGUAUCCGCGCUAAGAACUACCUGGAGCAGCUGGGUCUACCUUACACCGACGUCUCACUCGACAAGUACCCUCAGAUUCGAGAAGAGGUCAGAACCAGAACUGGGAAGAACACAGUCCCUCAGAUUUUCUUCAAUGCUGUCCAUGUUGGAGGCAACGAGGAACUACAGAAACUGAGUGAGGAAGAACUACAGGAGCUGAUUGCGGAGGUGCGAGAGAAGGACCCCCCACCUGAUGCUCCUGUGCCACCUGACCCUCUCACAGCUGAGGAGGAGGAAGCUGCAGUAGGGUUCCACUGUGAGCCAGAUGAGUAUGCCAUGCUUGUACAGGAGCUGAAACAGUCUGGACUCAUCAAGGACAGGAAGUACAACCUCAGGACCUACAGGAACUGUUUUGUCGGCAGGGAGUUUGUCGACUGGCUGGUCAAGGAAAAAGGAUUAGAAAGGGCAGAAGCAGUAGAGAUGGGGCAGAAGCUGGUGACGCGAGGGUUCGGGCACCAUGUGACAGACGACCACAAGUUCAAGGACGAGGUUCUGUUCUACAGACUUCUGGAGGACGACUCAGAGAGCGCCCUGAACGCAGGGGUGACGGCCGAAUGUCAGCCUAGACCUGCUGGUGAACUGAGUGAAGUGAUCAGAAAACUCAUCCUGAAAAUCUACUCCAAACAUUUGUCCAAGGACGGCAAGAAAGUAGACUACAAGGGUAUCGGGGAGAGCCCUGACUUUGCCGAGUAUGUGACUCUGACAGCACAGCUACAGAGGGUGAACGUGACAGACUUGAGCAGGGAGGAGAAACUUGCCUUCUUCAUCAACAUCUACAACGCACUGGUGAUCCAUGCCUACGUCAAGGUGGGGCCUCCUACCAACCUGUGGCAGAGGUACAAGUUCUUCAACGUGGUGAGUUACAUCGUGGGCGGUCACAUCUACUCCCUACAGGACAUGGAGAACGGCGUGCUUCGCGGGAACAGGAAGGGCAUAGGUCAGCUGUUCCGCCCGUUCGGCAAGGACGACCCGCGGCUGCCCGUCGCGCUGGAAAACCCGGAGCCGCUCAUACACUUCGCUCUCGUGUGUGGGGCGAAAAGCUGUCCUCCUAUCAAAACCUACUCUGCUCAGGAAGUGGACAAACAGCUGAAGAUCGCAGCAGAGGGUUUUCUGGAAGGGGAUGAUGGGAUACGCGUGGACAUGAGCAGGAAGGAAGUCUCGCUCAGCAAAAUCUUCAAGUGGUACAAGGUCGACUUCGGCAGCCACAAUGAUGAGGUACUACAGUGGGUCUACGACCACAUGUCAGCAGGACAGAAGAAGUCCCAGGUGUCAGAACUGUUAGUCGGCAAAAAGUACAAACUCAGUCACAUGUCAUACGACUGGGGGGUCAACUCCAAGUAGAGAAAGAAAUUUGUUUGUUUGUGUGUUUGUGAAUUUGUUUAUUCAUGUCCUCUUUUCAUUAAAGUUAUGAGUGAAGAGCUUAGUUGUGUGGCAUUACGGCAGAACAUUUGGCUCAGAACCUAGAGGUCCUGGGUUUGAAUCCUGCCAAGUCACCAACCUUGUGACUUUGGGGAAGGCACUUAACACGACUUUCCUCACUUUGCCCAGGUGUAAAUGAGUAUGCCAGAAUGAUCAUUAUCAUGAUCGUGGGCAUUAAAGGAAAACCAAAAACCAAGAGCUCAGGGUCAGACAAAAUCUAGCAACAUGCUGAUUUAAUACAUGAUUGGAGUCCUACCAAAUCCAUAAACAUCUAGUCAUAGUUUAAGUUGACUAGAGACUGCAGUCACUGUUCCAACACAGGGAAAGUGAAAUGUUUUAGUGUGGAGUCUCAAAUGAACCUGCUUCCACAC